AUGCAUAUCUCGAACCACGUCGUCACUGCUUUAGCCAUCGCCGCCGGUACUGCCAGUGCCUGGGAUACGAAUAGCGAGCACACAGUAACGAUCACCUCUUGCGAGGAAACUGCUACCGCUGCACCAGUUAUCCCACCCAGUGCUCCUGCCGUCCAGCCCAGUGCUCCGGCUGUUCAACCUAGCGCUCCGGCUGUUCAGCCCGGUGCUUCCCAGGCUCCUGCUGAAACUGGCGCCCCUACCGUCCCCGGUGUCCCCGCUGAGACUGAAGUCCCUAGCGCCCCUGCAGCAACUGGUGCCCCCGCCGAGUCCAGUGCCCCUGGGGUUCCCGCCGAGUCUGCUGCUCCCGCCGAGUCUGCUGCUCCCGCCGAGUCCGCUGCUCCCGCUGAGUCCGCUGCUCCCGCUGAGUCCGCUGCUCCCGCUGAGUCCGCUGCUCCCGCUGAGUCCGCUGCUCCCGCUGAGUCUGCUGCUCCCGCGGCGCCUGCCGAGUCUACUGCGCCUGCCGAGACCCAUGUUCCUGCUAUUCAGCCUACCGCCGGUGGUUCCAGUAUUCCUGGCAUCCCUGCUCAGUCUAGUGCCCCCCUCAUCAAGACUACCGCCCCUGCUGCCCAGACCAGUGCCCCCGCUGUCCAGCCAACUGUCCCAGCUGGUAACACUACCGCUCCUGCCGUGACCCCGAAGCCCUCCGCAAGCUCCGGCUUCCCUAAGUUUGCCAACUCGACUAUCCCGAAGACUUCUACUUCUUCUUCUAGCCAAACCACCGGUGGUGGAAGCUUUGUUGGCGGUGGUGGCGUUCCUGCCAAGCCAACCUCCACUGGCUUGGCUCCUACUAGCCCCGGCUCCAAGCUCAUCAUUCCUGGUCUCACGGCUGUCGCUAGCAUUGCCAUUGGACUGAUGUUCAUGGUAUAA